AUGGGUUUGGGUGGUUAUGGAAGCGGCAGUGGUGGGACUACUGAUAGUGAUGGCUUCGACGAUAGGAAGAUUUGCCAAAGAAAAGUUUGGGGUCAGGAUAGCUUCUCUGAAUCUGAUGAUGAUUUGGAGAUGCUCAAAGCUGUUACUAUGGAUGAAGAACUACUAGAUAGUGAGAUAGGAUCAAGCUCACGUUGUAAUUCUGUUCGAGGUAGUAAAGUCAUUCAUCGUGACCAUAUUCAAGGUCAUGAAAGGCUUUUUCUUGACUAUUUUACUAAAUCACUUAUAACUGUUGUACUUAGGAUGCUUGCUUAUGGAGUAGCCGCUGAUUUUAUGGACGAAUAUGUGAGAAUCAGAGAAAGCACUAUGAUAAAAAGCUUAAAAUAUUUUGUUAAAGCAGUUGUUGAUAUUUUUUCUAAUGAGUAUUUGAGGUCACCAAACAGCAAUAACAUCGCUAAAUUGCUAGCGAUUGGUGAAAGUCAUGGAUUUCCUGGGAUGCUGGGGAGAAUUGAUUUUGUUGCAUCAUAUGAUCUUUGGAUUUGGCAUGCGUUUUUUGGAUUACUUGGGUCUCAUAAUGAUAUCAACGUGCUACAAAGGUCUUUUGUAUUUACCGAACUUGCGCAAGGGCGUGCUUCUAUAGUCAAUUACACCAUCAACGGUAAUGAAUAUACAAUGGGAUACUAUCUCGUCGAUGGUAUAUAUCCACAAUGGUCAACAUUUGUGAAAACAAUUCUUUCUCCUCAAGGAAAUAAGAAAAAACUUUUUGUUGCAACUCAACAGGCGACAAGAAAGGAUGUAGAGCGUGCAUUUGGAGUGCUUCAAGCACGAUUUGCAAUUGUGCGUUGA